UAAUUAAAUUAAUUAAUUAAACAUUUUAAAUUGUAAAAAGUAAAAAAUACCAAUAUGUAAAAAAGCUAAAUAGUGUCGACUUAACCGUAGAAAGAUCAACAAUAACCAAUAGUUGGGGUAGUUUCUAGUGCUCCUUUAGAGAAAAAACCAAAAAAAGCACUGAAGUUAAAACCAGAUGCAAAUGGUUAGUUUGAAUAGUAAAAUAGCACCAACAAUAAUGCUUAACCUCCUCAAUAAAAUGUAAUUAUUAACAAUGGAACUCCUUAUAAUAAUAACAAUAUGGAUAUUAAUAAUGCAAAUAGACCAGCUAAUUUAUACCCUUUGAAUUUAAAUAAUGGAAAUAUUUAAUAAUUUUAAUAAACACCACCAUUUAUCUAAACAUAGCACCCAAACUUUCCAAAUUAACCUUUCAUUUAACCCUAAUUUGGUUAUCCUUAACAUAAUUAACCGAUACAACCAUAGUUUCCAAAUUAAAACAAUAAAAUAGCAUAUAAGUAAAAGAUGUAAUAGUAAACAUAUCUUACAACUCAAACCAAUGCUGCUACACCUUAAAAUACUCCUUAAACUCUAAAAAAUUAGCAACAAGUAUUUUAAUACUAGUAACCUGAUCUUUUUUAUUAACUUGGACAAUUAGUAUAACCAACAGCUGAUAAUUAGAAACCUUAACAUCCUAUGUAAAAGAAUAAUAUUUAGCAACCACAUAAUUCAACUUAUGGUGCAUACUAACAUAAUUAUAAAUAAGAAUAAAGUAGGCCUAACUAAGGAUAUAAACAAAAUAUUCAAUAAAAUAAGCAAGUUGGUAACUUCAACAACUAUGAAAGUUAAGAAAUUUAAAAUGAUUAAGUAGAAGAGGAAAUAUAGAAACAAUAUCAAAGAGAUUAUGAGGCUGAAAACUUAAAAAAAUAAGAAGAACAAGAAGAAAAAGAAAGGUUGAGAAGAGAAGAGGAAGAAAAGUUAAGACUGAAAGAAGAGGAAGAUGAAAGAUAAAGAAAAUUAGAAGAAGAAAGAAUAUAAGAGCAAAAAAGGCUUGAGCGAUUAGAAGAAGAAAAACGCUUAGCAGAAUAAAGAAAAAUUUUAGAAGAUCAAGAAAGAGAAAGGCAAGCAAAGUUACUAGAGGAAAGAAAGAGACCAACCUUUGAAAAAAUCUCAUAUUACCUAAAUGCAAUAUGUAAUAAAACUAUUGAGAUAACAUAUGAACAGGAGGUGGAUGAUGAGCUUAAAAGUGCAGUAGAAUUAUUUGAAGAAAGAAAAAUAGCUAUUGAGAAUUCUACGAAGAAUGAAAGAACAUCAAAUGUUCCAACUAAUAUUAGAAAAUCUGAAUAAAGCACUUCUUCAUCUAUUAGAUCGAAUUAGGCAUUCCCUAUGAAUAAUAAUAGUGCUAUCUCUCGCAGAGAAAUAGAUCCUGAUGAGUUAGCUCUUAAAUAAUCUGCUGAACGUGAUUGGUUGAAACAACAAAACCAAGUUAAUGAGGAGUAACAGAAAUUAAAAGAUAUCAAAAGACUUACUAACAUUUUAACAUACGACAAUAUAGAAAAAGUAAAAGCUGAAUUUUUUAAGUAUGCAUAAGACAACAAUCCAUGUUUAGAAAACUCCAGCACUAUUUGUAAAGAAGUUAUUGCAAAAAUCAUGGAAAAAGCUAUAACUGAAAUGAAAUACACUGCUUUGUAUGGUCAACUUUGUAAGUAUUUGAAUGAUGAGCUCAAGAAAAAUAUCGACAGCAAAGAUAAAAAGAAUCCCGAUACACAAGACAAUGUGUUUAGAAAUAAUUUCCUUAAUCUCAUUUAAAGUAAAUUUGAGAAUAUCACUUAAGUUCUUCAAUCUAAGAAAAAGCUUGUAGAUAUGACAGAAGAAGAAAGAAAAGAUUUCCAUACCCAAAGAAAAAAAAGAAUUAUUUUAUUGGUUAAGUUUAUUGGUGAGCUAUUUAUUCUUAAUGUUAUCAAUAAGCAUGUCAUUAAGAUUGUUAUUUCUGAGUUCUUACAAAAGCAUUUUACAUAUAAGGAUAUCGAAAAGCUUAAAGAAACUGAUGAAAAAUACGUCCAUUACGAUGAUUUUAUCUAAGGCAUCAUAGAACUUUACGAAAUCACUGGACCUAGUUUAGAUAAUUUAAAGAAAGAUUCUAAGGUAGAAUAAAGAAUAAUUAUUGAUGAAAUUAAAAAAUAAAUUACUGAUACCAAAACAAUAAGCAAAGACUAUUUUGCUAAAUUUGAGGCAAUAGGCUUCCAAGAUAUGAUGUCAAUCUUAGAAACAUAUAAAAAUUGUGGAAAUGUUUCCCCUAUCAUCAAAGCUCUCAUUUAGAACUUAAUAGAAAGAAGAGAUAAAAAUUGGUAAGAAAGACUUUUUUAAAAAGAGAAGCCUAAAACAAAGUAAGAAAUAAAAGAAGAACAUGAAAAAGACUUACAACAAAGAGCUGAAGAAGUACAAAUAUUUUCAUAGUAAACUAAAGGAAAUUAUUCAUAUAGUCAACCAAGAAGUAUAAACCAACCUAUUGUCAAAAAAUAAAUGGGAAGGGGUUACGCAAAUUUAACUUAAAACAAAAAAGAAGGUGCAGAAAUUGAUGAAGUUGAUGAAGACGAAUAAGAAUCUUAGAAGAAGAACACCGAUUAAAACUAUAAAGAAUUAUUCGGAAUUAUGCCUUCAUAGCCUCAGCCAUAAGCUAAAGCAGCUGCUAAAGAAUUUAUUGAUUAUGAAUCUAGAGUAAAGGAAAUUUACUAAAAUUUGGAAGACUUGGAAUAAUCUUAAAAGCAUAUUGAAGAAAUAUUAUCUGAAGAUAAGAAAAAAGUAUUAACCUAUCUUAUCAUCUUAUCCUAUACUGAAAAGAAAGAAUAAAACUUGAAAAGAACUAAUUUCUUAAACAGUUUAAUCAAGAAAAAACUUUUCACUCCUGACGAUGUUAUAUCCAUUCUAAAUUAAGUUUUUAGCACUGCACAAAAAGAAGCAUGUGACUAUCCCGAUGUUUAUAAAUGUCUUUCAUUAAUUAUUGAAUCACUCAUGGAUAACUUUGCUGAUUAAUUUAACCUUGAAAAAAUAUAAAUCUCAUUAACCGGAGAUGAAGACGACGAUUACGAUAUCCUUUAUUUCUUUGAAGAACUUUUUAGAGAAUUAGUCAAAUCCCUCAAAGAAAGAGGUGACAAUUUAGACCCUGUAAAGGUAUCCAUAAAAAAUAUCUACCAAAAUGCUAAAUUAGCAGAAAAUUAAAUUUAGGAAUAGAUUUCAAAGUUCUUCUGA